UAAACUCCUAAGUGAAGUGAAGCGCAGGUUCAUCCGCCUGGUUCAGCAGCUGAUCUCACUAUGUCUGAUGGGGACUACGAUUACCUCAUCAAGUUCCUAGCCCUGGGCGACUCCGGGGUGGGAAAGAGCAGCUUCCUGUACCAGUACACCGACGGCAAGUUCAACUCCAAAUUCAUCACCACAGUGGGCAUCGACUUCAGAGAAAAGCGUGUGGUGUACAAGUCUACUGGUCCUGAUGGUUCUGCUGGGAGGGGGCAGAGGAUUCACAUUCAGCUCUGGGACACAGCCGGUCAGGAGAGGUUCAGAAGUUUAACCACAGCGUUCUUCAGAGACGCCAUGGGCUUCCUGCUGCUGUUCGACCUGACCAACGAGCAGAGCUUCCUCAACGUCCGCAACUGGAUAAGUCAGCUGCAGAUGCAUGCCUACUGCGAGAACCCGGACAUCGUCCUGUGUGGGAACAAGUGUGACCUGGAUGACGAGCGAGUGGUUAAAGAGGAGGAGGCGCGAGAGCUGGCUGCUAAAUACGGCAUCCCGUACUUUGAGACGAGCGCGGCCAACGGUGAGAACGUGUCCCGGACCAUCGAGGUUCUGCUGGACCUGAUCAUGAAGCGGAUGGAGAGGUGCGUGGAUCGAUCGUGGAUCCCUGAUGGCGCCAUGCGCUCCAACGGGCACAGUGGCAGCCAGCUGGAGGAGCCGCCCACGGAGGAGAAGAGCAAGUGUGCCUGCUGAGGGCCAAACGGUGCCAACGUGCCAUGUGGUUCUGUUAGUCCGGUUCUGUCUCUAUCACUGCGUUUAAGAUUAGCAAAUCCACCUGCCGCAGGGCCACGCCAUUCUCACCGUGAACACCCGCUUUCUACCUCCCUCACUGUACAGCCAGCUAGUGGCCAAACGGUGCCAGCGUGCCAUGUGUCUCAUUCAGACCAGCUGUGUUUCACCUAGUGCACUUAACAGUAGAUAUAAACAGGAGCGAGUGCGCCAUCUAAUGGCCAAAUGGUACAAGUACACACAUAUUUUAAAAAACUUAUUUUCUUUUUGAGAUUUGACCAAAAUUAGAUUUUUAAAACUCUAUCUCACUCGUUGAUAAGUACUGAUAAUGUGCCCUGGUGUGUACCAGUUUAUAUUGUGACUAUUCUUGUACGUGUGCCAGACCAAACAGAGGGGCCAUAAUGCGCUACAGUCAGUACUAUUCCGCAGUAUAAAUAAAUAAUAAUGCAUGGCCACGACUAAGUAAGCAUAAGAAUGAUAUAUCCAGGUUUGAGGUAUAUCUUCGAGGCCUGGCUUAUAUAAAUCUGAGAUUACAUUUCCAAAGCAAUAAAAAUGUGCAAUUGUGAUGAAUACAAUCUAAGCAAUUGAGGCUUAAGGGCCUUGCUCAAGGGCCCAACAGUAGCAACGUUGUGGAUGUGGGGCUUGAACCAGCUACCGUCCAGUACCUUCACCACUGAGAUAGCUCAGAUUUAUGUUAGCUGUGGCCGAAGUAGAAGGGUCGUGUUGCCACACCCUUCCUUAUUAAGUCAUGGUCAUGCAUUAUUUGCAUCUGUAAUGUUUAAUACACCUACCGGUUCAUAUAUUGUACAGUUCUCAUGCUGUAACAUAGUAGAAAAUGUUAAACAUGUAGUAUCAUUAUG